CUGGCGACUAAAGCAUCUUCUUCGCAAUAGACGAUCUCUUCGGAGACGCGGCCGCUGACGUCACUUCCGUAAAGCGUUCCUCUCUCUCGCUCUCUCCUUCGUGAAGACGUCCAUGAGGAUCGUUUUACGACGCAGAAACCGCUCGCCUAUGACCUCACUACGACACUGACGGCAGUCGAGUGCGCGCCCUGGGUGUCAGCGCUCUCUUCUGAGUCGAGACCGACAGAGCGGGUGCUGCUCGGAGAUGCUGCUCCAUUAGCCUGUUGUUUUCGCCGCGGGAUCCGCCACGCCGUGCAUUAUGACCGACAGCAUCAUGAGCAAAGCUGCCACUAUGGAGAUUCCAAUUAACAGUAAUGGCGACACAGGAACGCUGGCAGAGGACGACAGCCUGGAGCAGGCUACAAAGCUGCAGUGGAGUUUAGCAGAGAAGGUAGGAGGCUCCAGAGGCAGCAGGGAUCUACAGCAGGUCAUGGUUUCGGGUCCAAAUCUCAACGAGACCAGCAUUGUGUCCGGGGGCUACGGGGGCACGACAGAAGGUAUCAUUCCCACCAGCUCAAUCAAAGGUCCGGCGGUGCGCUACAACACAGGCUUUAACAGGCACAUCCCUCUAACAGGAAUAGGGCCCGGCAUGCAUCACAGCAGCAGCAGCAGCAGCUCCUCCAUGGCUGGUGAGGAAGCGACCAGAGGUGUGGCGGUGGAAAAACUGGAGUCGGUCAAGAAGUGGAGUCUCAACACAUAUAAGUGCACCAAGCAGAUGAUCUCUGAGCGCUUCGGGCGAGGCUCUCGCACCGUGGACCUGGAGCUGGAGGCUCAGAUCGAGGUGUUGAGGGACACCAAGCGUAAAUACGAGAACGUGCUGAGACUGGCGCGAGCUCUGACCACUCACUUCUACAACAUGGUGCAGACGCAGCACGCGCUGGGCGACACCUUCGCUGACCUCAGCCAGAAGUCUCCUGAGCUGAGGGAUGAGUUUGGCUACAAUGCAGAGACUCAGAAGUUGCUCUGCAAGAACGGAGAGACUCUACUGGGUGCCAUCAACUUCUUUGUGUCCAGCAUCAACACGCUGGUCAACAAGACCAUGGAGGACUCGCUGAUGACCAUCAAGAUGUUUGAGAACGCCAGACUGGAGUUUGACGCCUACCGAUCAGACCUGGAGGAGCUGGGUCUGGGGCCCAGAGAUGCUGUGGCCAUCGCCCGCAUCGAGGCUGCGCAGGCCCAGUAUCAGAUCCACAAGGACAAGUACGAGCGCCUCCGCUCCGACGUCACCAUUAAACUCAAGUUCCUAGAAGAGAAUAAGGUGAAGGUGAUGCACAAACAGCUCCUGCUCUUCCAUAACGCCAUCUCUGCGUACUUUGCUGGGAACCAGCAGCAGCUGGAGCAGACACUGCAGCAGUUCAGCAUCAAGCUGAAGCCUCCGGGAGCGGACAAGCCUUCCUGGUUAGAAGAGCAGUAGGCGGUUCACAGGGAAGCAGGUCCGGCUCAUGAAGAUGCAGGAGGAAGUGGUGGAGCUGAGGGUCGACGUGUGGCCGUCAGUGCCUCUUGCUGCCUCUCACGCUUGUCCUCCCUGUCCCUCCUCCUCCUCCUCCUCCUCCUCCUCCUCUCCUGUCUCAACCCCUUUAACAACAACAACAACAACCACCGUCUCAUGGAGGAGAGAAGGUCGCUGCAUCACUGGACCCUUUUUCAUGUGAAGGACGUGUCCACUUCUCUAAUCGCUGUACAUUCAAAGUAUAAUGUAUGUAUAACGAGUCCUUUUUUAAAUGUGCUCGAGAGUCUAUUGUAGUUUAGAACUUGAAUAAUAUUCCCCAGCUUCUGACAACGUGCUGCACCUGCGUGGACAAGACUGUGAGAAGCCGCUGUAUGCAACCACGGCCACUGCCACGUCUCCACCUUCGCCCGCCAGAGACGUCCGCUUGCAACUCCACGACUCAAACGCAGCGCUGUGUGAAUGAGGCAGAGCCGUCCCGCGUGGGACCGUCCCGUGUGGGACAGGUGUCCGCGGUGCUGAAUCAUUGUACAGUGAAAGAAAUGUGCUGCACCUGCUUUACAUUUAUGUUGGCACCGACAAGCAAGGAGCCCGGACCUGAGCUCGCGAAAGACGCGUCCUGGCUGCGGUGUCCGAACUCCACCGGUCCUUUUCUAGGCUCAUGUGGAACCUGACUCUGGCAGAAAGGAAACUUGGCGCGUCAGCGCCACCUUGUGUUCAGAGACGCUGCAUGCAACUGUCAAUGGUGCACCCUUUUUCUUCUACAUCGUGUACACGUCCAUCAGAGUCCGGUAUCGUCUUGGGAAUAUGGCGACCCAGUCGUCAUGUCCGGAUCUCCUCGACAGUCGUCAGGUGCCCCGCAGGGUGAAAACAUGCCCGAGCCUGGGACCGCUGUGCAUGUGCGCGUCAGCUGACCGGGACUCGGACGCAGCUGAGCAGAGUGGGAGGAGGUCGCUCCACUGAAGACGGGACUGACGCUCUCCUUCACUCACUCCCUGACGGCCUUCUUUUCGUCCUGAAGCGGCGUGUGACGGGUCAGACAGUUUGUUGGUGUGCCGUCGCUGUUUCCCGGGUGCCGCACGUGUUGCGUGACGUGGUUCUCGGCCUCCGUUCCUCACAUUAAAGAGCGGUUUUUCCAGUGAUAA